AUGCCUCCUGUUCAUGCUCGUCUGCCUGCUGAAUGUGUUGAUGUUUCAAUUCUGGGAGAACAGCUCAAGUUUCGUAAUGGUCGCACGGCGAAGAAUAGAUUUCUCAAGGCAGCCCUCACUGAAAGAAUAAGUACAUGGGAUCCAAACAAUCUGAAGGAAACCGGAAUACCUACUGAAAGCCUUGUCAAUCUGUACGAUAAAUGGGGUCAUGGUGGAUUUGGGAUGAUUCUUACAGGAAAUAUUUGCGUGGAUCCGUUCAAUCUGGAAUCGGCUGGAAAUGUCGUGUUCAGCAAAGAGAACGACUCACCUCGACUGAGAGAAAUGACCUCGAGUUUGUUGGCAGCAAUGCGGCAGGAUGGAGCUCUAGCAAUCGCACAAUUGUCACAUGCAGGGCGACAAACACCACAAUCAGUGAAUCCACAUCCAUUCUCGUGCUCUGAGGUUCAGCUGUUGGCAAAACGCCGUUUUAUGGGUUUCGGAAAGCCGAUUGCGUUGACUGAAGAACAAAUAAAGACCGAAGUUGUGGACAGAUUUGUCUACGCAGCAAAAUUUGCAUAUGAUCAAGGAUUUGACGGUGUGCAAUUGCACGGAGCCCAUGGGUACUUACUUUCGCAGUUCAUGUCGCCGUCGACGAAUAAGCGCACUGAUAAAUAUGGUGGAUCGGUUGAGAACAGGACAAGAGUUGUGCGUGAAAUUUUUGAAGGAAUAAGGGUUCAAGCCAAUCGAUCAGUAAUGCUACUAAUAUCAGGAAAGAAGAUUGACGCAUCCACUGGCUUCCUGAUUGGUAUUAAGACAAAUUCAGUGGAAUUCCAAGAUGGUGGUCUCGAUGAAAAUGACGCCACGGCUAUUUGUGAAAUGAUGGAG